AUGGGCAGGCAUCGAUGGAGACCUUUCAAGGUCCGUCUGGACUACUUUGAGGAGCAUCCUUCCUAUAGGCCUCAAGGCCUCCGAUCGGACGCCCGACUCCGCACCAACAUCCCCGGAACCCGGCACCGUGUUACUUACACUGCCCGCCAAAUCCAGCAAGGAACCUUCGAUGAUUUUGGCGAAGCUAGCUCGCCGUCUCCUCAGCGUCCAAUGGCCCUUCCAAUUCAGGCCGAUUCCGACGAAGCCGCGAGUGACGCCGCCAACCCGAGUGGGAUGGAUUGGGAUGAAGAGCGUUACAGCGAGUACGGUGGUGGCUUCGAACACGACUUCGAUCCAGCCCCAUACUCUCCAGAUCGAACAUCCCAUUUCCCAACCUCGCUUGACUAUAGUGCAAUCGCCGAGCGAUUAUCACUGGCUGACCUGCGCCAAGUCGAAAGUUUCGAAUCAGCCACACGUGGUCAGUCGAAGCAAGGAACGUACAAGCAAUUCGUGUUCAACGACGCUCGCCUUAGGCGCUUGGAACGGCCAGCGCUUCUGCGCCAGUACAUCGCGUUUUGCGCUGGGGUCAAAGGUCAUCUACGGCCCUUGAUUGACGUGGACGAGGAGCUGUGCCAGGGUUCGGUCGCUAGCGAAGUGCCGCCGCCUUGUUCAUGCAAGAGUCCCCUCACGUUACGGCUUGACGUGUACGACCUCAUAAGCUGUAUGUGAAUCAGGCGAAUUGGGUCGCUGUGUCGAACGUUGCGCUGACAAGGUCGAAUGGUUGAAUCAAUGCAGUGGUCGAGGUGCCGAUCGCUUUUUGUCCGAGAUCCAGCAGCGAUAGCCCAUGCCUUACGUACGCCGAGCGCCUUGCUCAGAUCGGAUUAAUCGGAUCGACCGCAGCUGCUCCUCGCUCUGCAUUCACCUUUCGACUUCUCCAAUUUUUCGACUCCUGGUGGAGCACCGCGCCGUUUCCUGUCGAUGGAGCAGCUCGCGGGCUCGACAUUUUCUAUGAGCAAACUGGAUGGGGUCGGCCGGGCCUGAGUCAGCAUCAAUUCGUGAGUUCGACCUCCUGUCAUGAUUGCUAUUGAGCAUUAUCUGAUGUUUAUCAUCGUUUGCGCAGGACAAGGAGUUGCGAAAGCAACUCCAGCGCGCCCUUGACGAAUUUCGGGCUCUCACGACAUCCGAGCGAGAAUUGGGCGACCUCGUCCUCGGUGUCGCGGAUUCUCUCUCGGAUAAGUGUCCAGCAUGCUACGGAUCGACGCGUCUGAACCAAGCCCACCAUAGAGUCGAAGUGCAGCAUCUUGUCGCUCUGGAUGGCAACUUCCAACAUUCUCGCGACACCUCAGCCAAAUACGAUCCUCAGGAGUCGACGCCAGCCCUCUUCCUCGGCGAAGAUGAGCUCGAAUCGAUGAAGGAGAUCUGUGAUGGUGGCGACAGCAAGAAGUCAGAAAAGGUCCGCUGAUCCGAGCCGCCCCCUGCGAUCCUUUCAACGCGCUGACGCCUUUCCUCUUGCGUCUUGAAGGCUUGUGCUGAUUCGUGGAAAGCGGCCAACGGCGGUGCGACACAAAUCUCGCGGGGCAAGUCCGAUACGGGCCUAGUUGCCUGUGUCUGCCGUCACGAUAUCGCGUUGAAGAUGGUCAACUUGUAUCAAUCAGGUGAAAAGUUCGUCAGCUCAGCUCCUCUCUCACCCGCUUACAAGGCCUGACGCUCGUUUUUGAUGAGGCAGGCGCUACUACGGCUUAUCGCUGCUGCAACAUAUUUCGAACCAACUCCCGUCCGACGAUACACUCGGAGUGCUGUAGGAUGUUGCGUGUAAUUUGGACGGCUACAUGCAAUCGGUCAGCAAGAGUGGCGGAUCCGUCGUUUCUUAGAUUUCUGGCCCUGGGGCGCCGCUGACCUGUACUGUACUUCGAUCGCCCGCAGAGAGGUAUCCUUCCCGAUUUGUUUCCGAGAUUGAAGUUUGCCACGAGCGUGUUUCAUGCUUUUGCUCAUCAAUGGCCCUGCCAGCUCGAGUACAACCCGCGCCUGAUUCAGCACUUUGGGUUGACGGAUGGGGAGGGAUGCGAACGCGUUUGGAGUCAGCUCCGAUCGCUCAUCCCGAUCAAUCGUCCUGCGAGCGCUUCUCACCGGCGCGUCAACAUCUCGCGUCGCAUCGACCUGAUGAACAAGAACGGUGUUGACAGCCUCGGUAUGCUCUGCCAUCCACACUUUCACGCCGUGUUCGUUACUCAAUCGUGCGGUCCCUUCAUUCAUCGUCCAUUCUAGGCCGUUGGCUCCGCAGACGACUGUCGAAUGCUCAAGAUCAGCUUGGAAGGGCACAAACUGAUCUGAGCGACGUUUCGGCAAUAUGGUCCGAGUCUGACCUUCUCGCGCAAUGGGAUUUACAGCGAGCUGCUCAAGCGGCCACAACGGCGAGUCAACGUCGGGAGAAUGAGGACAAGGAGCGAUUCGAGCUUUUCAACAUUGUACAGAAGCUACACCAGGUGGAAGAAAGGCUGUACGUUCGGCGCGUCAAGCCCCAUUGGAGGACAAGGGCGUAAAAUUGACACUGUGUCUUGGCAUUGUGUGUUCAGAUUCGAUCCAAUGGCUUCCGAUGAAGCGAAGGCUCGCUUGCAGCAACAGCUAAGAGCUUAUCAACAAGAAUACAAUCGUACGAAGGAACUUGCAGCUUCAGGUGCGGCGCGCGUCCUAUCUUUAUGAGUACCGCCACCUGAUAUUUGAUGUCCCAUGACAUACCUAGAUUUCCAGCAUUUGUGCAACUGCGUAGUCAAACUUCGCGCAUUACACAAAGCGACGGUCCAAUUGCAAUGCUGUCAAGAACGAAUUGACUCAAUGGGUCGGGAACGAAGCGGCGCGACAAUCGGUCAAGUCGAAGCCAGCAAGCUUGUCAGCGUCUCACAGACGCACAGCAAGAAAGUAAAAGUGGCAAUCGAGAUGUACAAUAAAGCGGUCGGGGAUUACCGAAAUGCUGCGACCGAGCAAUCGGCCAAGAUUCUGGACAACUUGCCGCUCGCUACCACGAUAAAGUCGCUUGUGACUCUGUCGCCAACGGACGCUUUCUGGCAAGACGGUUUUUUCGAACAAAACACUGCGCCUUGGGCGAUCGAUACCGACGUUCAGAAAGGGAUCAAGGCGGUUCUACUCAAAGCCAGGGCGGAAGAAGAGAUUCUUCGAAUCGGAGCUGAGGUUCGACAACUACUCGCGUGGCUCGAAGAUGAGGACACUCGCUUUGUUAGGGUAUCUCAGGCAUGGGCAGAGGACAAAGGUGAGAUGGACACACUCUUUCUUUGUGAUGGUGCUGUACCUUACGUCGCCCCUUCUAUUAGUUCCCGAAGAAACGAUCGAAGCGGCUAGGAAACUUCUCGGAACUGAUGGCGCGGGCGAGGUUGGCACGGCGGUGUGGCAUGUGCUUCAACGCCGACAGAUUUCGUUCAAAGAGCGUCUGGAUCGGCUCGCCGAGCGCGAUGAUCUCUCGGUUGUCUGGUUCAGAACGCGUUCACCCGCAGUUCAUGAAUCGCGGCCCUCGGCAUUCGGUUUGAUCGGGGGACUUUUCGCCGGACGGCCGAAACAGGUGUCGCGCCGUUCGCGCGGUAGUCCACGUCAUUUCGGUCGCCGCCUUUCGACGCUGAAUAAUACUCAAAUGCAGAGCCUCGUCGCUGAGUCGAGCCGCCGCUCAUCAGGUCCUUCUGCCGUGGACGUGCGCCACACAACCAUCGACCUCGACGCAUUCCGAAGGGAACUUGGCCUGACCCCCGAUCCAGCCGCGGAGCAGGCCGAGCGAGACCGCGAUGAUGUGUAUGAAAGACGAAUGGAAGAACUUUUGGGCUCACGAUCGGAGCAGGAGGCUGAGGAAGAAGAUGACGCUGAGCUCGGGGAGGGCGGCGGAGAGUCAGGCUCGACAGGGGGUGAAGCCUCGGACGACCUCGAGAUUCUCGACGAGCCCAUGGGCUAG